AUGCAGAACAUUAAGGAUGAAGAGGAAACCAAUCAUAAGAUAGAGGUAGAAACUUUUGAAAACAGGCCCAGUAAAGACUCAUCUGUGUUUGGACUCUCAAACCAGACGCCAAAACCUCCGAUCAAAAGAGACUCAUUUGUGGGGACCAGCUACCUUCCCAUUCAAAAUCAUUACAAAAUGGGAGAAAAAGUUGGAGAGGGGAGCUGGGGAGCAGUUUAUGUAGUGGAAGAGCGAUGUUCUGGAAUACUUAGAGCAGCCAAGAAGAUCCCGAAACAAUUCACUGGUGAAAUUUUCCGGUUUAGACAGGAAAUGCAGCUUUUGAGUAUUUUGGACCACCCAAACAUUGCAAAACUGUUUGAAUCAUUCGAAGACUAUAACUCAAUUUACUUAAUCAUGGAGCUUUGCACUGGAGGAGAAUUAUUUGAUCGGCUUUCCCAUGUUGGAAGGUUUUCAGAAAGAGUAACAGCUCAUUUAAUUAAGCAGAUGUUAUCGGCUAUCUCUUACUGUCAUUCAAAGGGAAUUGUUCAUAGAGAUCUUAAGCCAGAGAAUUUCUUAUUUCUACAUUCAAAGUUCAACAUAAACUGUAAACACUGUCUUUUUGAACAGAAAAGCAGUCAACUAUUUCGAGAUGAAGAGGCUGCUUUAUCUGAGUACCUAAAACACGACAGAUUUAGAAUUUGCAGAUCUUUACCAUCCAGUAUGAACAACAGCCAACUCCAAUCUCUAAUCAGCAAUUUUAAAGAUAAAACCAUAGCACCAGGUGAUGAUAUCUGCCUCGGUAAUGAUGUCUCUAAUCAUUCAUUCUUUGCCUCAAAUUCAGAAAUUGGUAAGAAAGAGAGUAAUAUAGGAGAAAAACAUGAAACUUAUCACAAAAAUAAUGAUGAAGAGGUUACCCAGAAGAAUAUACCUGUUCCUAACUCUGAACCAUUUGGGUUUUCAAACUCAAAUGAAAAUUUCUGCCAGAAGAAAAGUUCUAUUUCAAACUCUAUUUUAAACUCGAACUCGUCUUCUAUUAAAUAUCCAAUAACAUCCCACCCAGAAAAAGAAUGCGUAUGUAAAUGCAAUUGUUUUGAGUUAAACAGCCCUCUUAAACUAAUAGAUUUUGGGUUGGCUAAGAGAAUUACCAGAACUGGAACUCUCAGAACCAGAGUUGGUACUUUAUAUUAUAUUGCUCCCGAGAUCUUACUAGGUAAAGGUUACGAUGACAAGUGCGACAUCUGGUCAAUUGGAGUAAUGGCCCACAUUCUCUUGUGUGGGGUACCUCCAUUUUCGGGAAACACAGAUACUGAAAUAAUUGAGAAAGUAAGAAGAGGAAGUGUUUCGUUCUCGGAAUCUAUUUGGAGCCAAAUCUCCACUCAAGCUAAGGAUUUUCUUCUCCAACUUUUGAAUAAGAAUCCUUCAGAGAGGAUCUCAGCAUUCCAGGCAUUACAACAUCCCUGGUUGAGAUCUUGGGAUACCCCGAAUAUUCCUCUUUGUGGUAUUGGAAUGAUUAAUAAGAUUGUUGUCUGGCCAUGGCAUCAGCAAAGGAUGAAAAUUACAAAAUCCAGAGCCUCUUCUGGGAUUAGCAGUCUUAAAAUAAAAUCCAGUAUUUCUUCACCUAGUUUAUAUUCUAACCAUGGUCCAUUAAAUGACAUUCUUUCUGAAGAAGACCUAAAUAACUUGUCAAGUUAUGAUGGAAAUACACCUGGAAACACCAGCUCUCCAGAAGCUGGAGGUUUCUUUAAAACACAAAUAAUAAAUGCUCCUUCAAGGCUGGAAUCAGGUUCAGGCGUAGUUUCUGGAACAGGAUCCAAGGUGGGACUCUCAGAAUCACAUGGAAUGUCAACUGGAGUCCAAAACAGAAAUUUGAACCGAAAUUCCUUGUUGAAGAGAUCUUGCAGUACUCCACUCCUAUAUUCUAUGAACAAUGCCUAUCCAAAUACAGACACCAACCCAAGUCUUGCGAAUAUUCCAAAUAGCUCUAUUUACAAUUCUGGUUUGGUCCAAAUAACAGAUCAGCAAAUAGCUACCCCACGAACCAAAGCAACUAUUAACGCUUUAUUGAACCAAGAAGAUUCAAUUUUGUCUCCUCCUUGUGAUCCAAGAUUUCAUUUUGGUUGUCAUUGCGGAGGCCCUAUAGUUCUUAAUCAUUCUUCCCAAGGUAACUCCAGUAUUAAUAUAGUCGAACAUGAAAGCCAUAACGAAUCAAAAAGCUACUCAGGAAUUUCUAUUCCUAACUCAAUCUCAUCUUCCUCAUCUUCCUCUUCCACAUUUACUACUUCUUAUAGUAUUUCAAGAUCCUCAAUUUCUUAUUCCAAUCUACCAAUUGGUAAUCAUAUAAAACAAGGAAAUUUGUCCGAAGAUCUCGAGCAUCCAGACGAGAAUUUGACUGAUCAACCUAUCUUGACCUUAAAUAACAUAUCUAUUCCUAAUAUCAUCUCAAAGGUCUGCAACAAAGAACAACUUUUUCAUUGUGUUAUCUAUAAUAAGACAUGUAAUGCUUACAAACCACUCCUUAAGCUUAUAUCAUCUUGGGAACGGUUUUGUAACUACACUCUUUUAAAAAGAGUCAUUCUAGUCUCUAUUGCUCUUCGAAUUGGAGAAAACUGUGAAUUUAAUAGGCUCAGAGAUCAAUUCAAUAAGUUCGAUGUGGCAGCUGAUGGGGUAGUUUCUCUUGCCGAACUCCAAUGUGUUCUGUGUUUCAUAUUCCACAUUGAAAGGAUUUCAUCCGAUAACUUUAAGAUUAAGCAAUGCCACUCUAAAGCAACUUCCAACGAUAACUUCCUAUCUAACUCCUCUUACUCCUAUCCGCCACACCCUCCUCUUCUAAAGUCUCCCAACCACUCAAGUUUUGAAGACUAUAUAGAUAAUGCUAGUGAAAUUGAGGACGACCAUUUUGGUGAGAUUUACGAUGAAAGAGGUGAGAACUCUGCUACUGAAAGCUUGGAAGGGAGGAUUCCUAACUCAGAUCAUAUUGAUAACUUCAACUCAAUGUCGAUUGAUGAUUACUUAAAAUCACUUUCAAAUCAAAAUACAUUCAACAAAGAACAACUUCAGAAAUAUCUCUGCAGCUUCAAAAUAGACGACAUUAUUAAACUUAAUGAACUUUGUAAUAGAAUAGAGAGUAUUUUUGGUAUAAUCGACCAAGAUCAAAGUGGAUCUUGGGAAUACUCAGAAUUUAUUGCUGCAUCAAUGGAACCUGAGAUGUACUUGAAUAAUACCAGUGCUUUGAAAACAGUUUUUCGAAACUUUGACAAGGAUUCGGAUGGAAAAGUCUCGGUCCAAGAUAUACUUGCGUCUUUUGGAUGGGAAGAUGAUAUCAUUUUAUGCUCAGAGACUAUUUCGCCUCAACAAUAUGAACAAUAUUUAAAAUUAGGAAGUUCCCAAUCCUAUGAACAACAAAGAGAUGAGCGUUUCUUGGGUGUUGAUCCAAAUAGUUCCGUUCAAUACUGUGCUCACAUACAUUGGACCGAGAUCUUUCUAAAUGAAUGCUGUAAACCAGGUAAAAACUAUUUAGAUUUUUGUGAUUUUUAUGACUUUUUACGUAAUUAA